AUGUUCAGACUUGCCCGCACCAUCCGCGCCCCAGUCGCCAGACUCGCCAUCCCCGCCGUCCGUCCAGCCAUGCGUUUCUACGCCGUUGCUCCAAUCACAAAGGAGGAAGUCACCUCCAGAGCCAUCGACGCCUUGAAGACCGUUGCUGCUCUCCAGGAGUCUUCGAUCACGCUCGAAUCCAACUUCACAAAGGAUUUGGGUCUUGACUCUUUGGACACCGUGGAGGCCUUGGUGGCCUUGGAGGAGGAGUUUGACUUGGAGAUUCCAGACAAGGUUUCGGACGAGAUCAAGACCGUGGGCCAGGCCGUGGAGUACAUUUUCGAGGAAGAGCAGAAGUUGUAG